AUGAAAGCUCACUAUAGCCCUCAUGGAAGAUCAAAACGUUUUGUUCAACAAGUUUCAUAUCUUCAUUAUUUUCGUGUUGAUGUGUUUAUCAAAGUGAUUGACUUAUUACUUCAAGAACUUGAUAAUCGAUUCGAUGAAGUUAAUAUGGAGUUGCUCAGAUGUAUGGCUUGCUUCAAUCCUAAAGAUGGCUUCUCUUCUUUUGACAAGGAAAAGGUACUCAAACUUGCCACUUUUUAUCCUUCCGAUUUUUCAAACAUUGAUUUGAUGGACCUUGAGUGCCAACUUGAUAUAUUCAUUAGAGAUAUGAGAAGUGAUGAAGACUUUCAGAAUUUGCGAGAUAUUAGUUCUCUUUUGGUGAAGCUUGUUGAAACAAAAAGAGAUGUGGUUUAUUCGCUUGUGGUUUUGCUUAUCAAGUUGAUUUUGAUUCUUCCGGUUGCCACUGCAAGUGUAGAGAGAGUGUUUUCUAGAAUGACGUUUGUGAAGAAUAAGUUGAGAAAUAGAAUGAGUGAUCAACCUUUGAACGAUUGUUUGGUCACUUUCAUUGAGAAAGAUGUGUUUCUACAAGUAUCCGAUGAUGAUAUAGUGAAUCGUUUUGAAGAAAUGAAGACUCGUCGAAAAAUAAAUUAG